UUAGAUUGGCAAUGCAAUGUUAAACAGGUUUCUGAAUUUUCAUGUUCAAUUCGUGAUCUUCGUUAUUUGCGAAUCGUCUUCGCAUAUCAUACGCGCAGCAGUCAACUCAAAACAAUGAAUUUGAAGGGGUUAUUCCAAGAUUUCAAUCCAAGUAAAUUCUUGGUGUACACAUGUCUGAUUAUCUUCUCAUUGGUGUUUGCACUGCGACUGGAUGAGACGAUACAAUGUAGUUUUUGGCUGGUCUUCCUGCCCUUGUGGUUCUGGAAGAGUGUGGUGAUCAUGGGAGCCAUUGUUGCAGGAGUCGUCUGGUGGAAGCAUCCAGAAUACAGAGUCGAAGGGGAGGGCUAUAUCGAUAUGAAGGCAAUCAUCAUUUGCCUGGCUCUCAACUCUCUACUCUUCAUCUUUGAAAUACUCACCUGUGAUCAACUAGAAAGCGCUCAUGCUUCCAAACCAUGGAGACAUCCUUGGCUUAUUGUAUUCAUGCCUCUCUUCCUCACGUCACCUGUUUCCAUUGCUGCCUGUGUAUGGGGCUUCAAGCAUGACAGAGGGCUUGAGCUGGAAGCGAUGUGUUCUAUCAAUAUUCUACAAUUCAUUUUCAUUGCCCUCAAGCUGGAUGAAAUUAUAACAUGGAGAUGGGGAGUUGUAUUCAUACCUCUGUGGAUCCUGACCUGUUUGAUGUGUCUCAUCGUCCUUUACUACGUCAUCUGGUCAUUACUUAUCCUACGUGCUACAGAGCUGAUGGCAGAACAAAGAAGAGCUAACUUCAUGACAGCAGUCACUGCUGUAUCACUAGUAGCACCGCUCUUAACAUUUGAGAUUUUGUUAGUCAAUAGGUUAGAUGGCAUCAAUGAUUACCCGGUGUCUGUGGUGUUUUGUCCUUUGUACAUCUCUUUACUUGUCUUGCUGCCUACUGCCUUUGGUCAAAGAGGUGGAAAUCAAUGGUGGUUUGGUAUCAGGAAAGAUUUCUGCUCUUUUCUGCUUGGAACCUGUCCGUUCCUUCAAGAGUAUGGCAACAUUGAAAUCAACAUCCAUAGAGGUGACCAGGUGCCGGAGGAGGAGGAAAUCGAGAGAGAUAUCUAUACACAUUCCAAACAAGCUAUGCUAGAUUAUAAAAUUGUUAUGCCUGUUAUAUCAAUUGACACACCUGACUAAGGUCAAGCCGCUAUUCUACCAUUGUAUGAAAGUUGUACAAAAGUUAUGUUCAGUGUAUUUAAAAAUUUAACACAGUAAGUCAGUAUAGUUGGUACUUCUAUAUUUAUUCCCGUAGUCAUUGUUGAACUUCCACCCCAGUCAUAUCAUUUGGCCAUGAAUUAUCAGGGUUAUUUUCACAAAGAGUUUGAUUGUGACAGUAUUAAGAUUAAUAAUGUUCACUAUGGUAAUCACAUUGACGUUUACAAAUUAGCAUGUGUCCUAUGAACAUUAUAUGACCGAUGUGAUGAUGUGUUAAAUAAUGUUUACAACUAAGAAUUCAAGUGCAAUCCUGAGUCACACUUCGCUCUUUGUGAAACAGUCUCAAAGUUUUAGCCAGUUGGGAUAUUGUGUUUCAGUAAUAUCUCCCCAAAAUGAUAAUGAGUAUCUUAUGAAAAACAGGAGUCUUGUUAUUUUUCAGGUGUAUCCCCAUGCAAGUUUGGUUCCGGGGUAAAUUUGGUAACAAACAGCUUUGGCUUUGCUUUUAAUGUUAUUUUCAUUGGUUGUUUGACCUGGUUGUUUGGCAGUCCUAUUUUGGUUGAAAAUAAACAAGGUUAUGACUGGGGUACUACAUAUAGACCCAUUACCCUACAUUAGUUUGCACAUGCUGGUUCAUGUAUGCAUCAAGACAGUAGAAGUCUUUUCAGACAUGACAUGGCGAAGCUCAGCAACAUUUUUUUUUGUGUAUAAAGUCAAUGGGAUACAAGGCAUUAAAGAAAUUCUGCAGAGGCAUAUGUGCCCCCCCCCCCCCUUUUGAUCAUGAUCAAUUUUCUGACCAAUCAAAAUAUUUAGAAUUGUGUGCAUUGACUAGCAAAAAUCAUCAUGAUGCAUAAUGAAAGAAUGAAUGCAUUAUGAUAUCAUUAUCAAAAGAUUAAUAACAUCCAAACAGAAGUAUUAUGCCAUGAGUUUUCCACCCAAUUUUGAACCCUUUUAUUAAAGACAAGUUUCUUUGCGUUAGCGGUGUGAUCUGUUUCCCCAUAUCUGAAUACUAUUGAAAAUGUUGCUGAGCUCUGUAGCAUAUCUGUAUGAGACUUGAGGAAAUUAUUUAUUACUCUAUCUUCAUAUCUGUAAUGUACAGGUGUAAUAAAGUAACAGUGUGGAGAUAUAGGAUAUUUGAAUAAUUGUUUCUUUUAGUUGAAUCGUAACAUUUGAUCAAUAGUUGUACUGUGGUAGGCAGAAUAAAUAUUCAAUUACAGCUUGUCAUUACGAAGCUUUGUUAUUCCAAAUUAAUCCACAGGUUCAAUAUUCCAAAGGUUCACUUUUCCAAAGAUUAUGGGUUAACAUUACAACAGUCUUAUUUGAUAGAUACUGAAUUUUGAUUCAUAUUUUAUAUAAUUUUGUUCACAUGUAUGAAAUAAUACACUGAAGAAAAAUGAAAUCAAAUUUGUGCAGACACUAUCAAUAUAUAGUCAUGUGUCAUGAGGUCACCUACUUUUGCAUUACCUGGUGAUUUUCGCUUUUGCGUCGCCUGUUAAAGAGAAAUUCCAGUAGUUGCAGUAAACACUGAUUUCAUGAGAAAGUCUGUAAAACCAGGCUUAAUUGUCAGUAUAUCAUUGAGGAUCUAGAUCUGGUACAGUUACAUAAACUGAACUUUGUGAAAUCUUGAAAUCUACGCUGAAAAAUGUUCAGACUGAACUUCCCCAACACAGAUAAGCGCACGUGGGACAGUGUAUAAUUAUUGCUUUGAGCGUCGGGCCCGACGCUCUACCCGAAUCCUGUGCUUAUUUGCUGAUUUCUCAGCAAUUACACAAUUUCUUCCAGAAUCCUUUGGCACAUGCGUUUUAUUUAUACAAACAGACACUUUGGUGGUCAUUUCAUUGGAUUCUGUACGAACUCAUUUUGAUAUCGUUACCAAAACUAGCACUUACCUUUAACUUCACAAGUCUCUCACUUACACCCGAUGAUAGUAAAAGUAUAUAUUUUCUGAAAGGAAUUCAAAGGAUAUUGCUCAAUGAACCCAAAUGUGCACUCAGAAAUAGCAAUAGGUGUAUUAAAGGCCAAAGUGUUAAAUUGUAAUUUUGACAAUUUUUCUAUUUCUUUUUCGAUCUUUUUGGCCUUUUCUUUUUUUGUCAAUGACAUUGCCGAACUUAUUUUUCAAUCAAUUAACAGUAAAGAAGAAUAUUCUAGCUUUUAUUUGAUAACAAAUUUGUAGUUGGAAGUCAAGUUUUCACAAAAUUUUAAUGUUUUACCCCAAAUAGCACAAAACAUUGAGAAUCCCCAUUGACUUUGUACAGAUGGCACCGCUUCCGGCACCACCCCUGGCACUCCGUGUUUAUAGAUGUGUAAGUCAAGUUCUAUUUAUCCUAGAGCAAUGAAACUUUAUAGAUUAUUAGCCAAUGGAUUCAACUUUAAAGGGGAAUCCAACCCAAAUAAAAACUUUUUUUAUAAGGAAAAGAAAAAUCAGACAAGUUGAUAGGUAAAAGUUUGAACAAUAUUGGACAAACAACAAGAAAGUUAUGAAUUUUUAAAAGUUGUAAAUAUUGGUAAUCACUAUACCCAUGGAGACUUUAAAUUGGCCGCAUAUGGGAUGUCAUAGUGAUGUAAGGCAAGGACGAAGUUUUAUUUCAAAUUAAAUUUUUCUUUCAUGAGGACAUAAAACAAUAUACUACCUGGGUUAUAUUUAGAUUACUGCCCCAGGGGAAUGGGUACUUAAUGAAAAAACCACAAAUCCCUGAUAAUAAAGUACAUGGCCUAUGGGAAAGUUGUCCUUGCCUCUUGUCAUAAUUUACUUACUCAGUUGCCAAUUUGAAAUCUACAUAGUAUUAGUGAUCUCAAUUUUAAAGCAGCUAUAACUUUCUUAUUGCUUGACCGAUUUCUUUCAAAAUUUCGCUAUUCUGUUUAAUUUAUUUUUCUCCUUCUCAACACAACAUUUUAUGGCCAAGGCUGGAUUCCCCUUUAAACUGAUACCAAACUUUAUGGCAUAGCUCCUUUGGUUUUGAAAAUAUUUAGGAAUAACUCAACAAAUUAACCAAAAUAUGUAACAGCACAACCCCUUUUGGUGGGCAACCUCAUGACACAUAGCCAUAUAUAUGACUGAAAUAUCAUCAUUUAUUGAAUCUCCUGAGGAGAUUAAUAUAACACCUGUUAGCGUGUGGGAUGAUAUGAAGAUGUUUCCUGCCACUUUAUAUUUCAAUAUUUUGAAGCACUGAAUAAUGAUUUUGGGGCGAAAUAUUUAUAACAUUUAGCAGACAGGUGACAAGUGGAACCUUGCAACUCAGAUUUUUUAAAAGUCUUAUCAAUGUUAAGGUUAUUCCAAUGGUUGGUCAGUCCAAAUUAGAAAUAAGGUUGGUUAUUCCAAUGGAUUGAUAGUCCGAAAGUGAAGGUGAUGUUUGUAUGGUUCAUUACCUAUUUUCAUGGUAGUGAAUGUUAUUCCAUUUUGUACUAUCGAACAUUCGGAAUAACAAAUCUCAUAUAUUCUAUUGUUGGAUUAAUAAACCUUUGGAAUGAUACCACAAAUUUUCAGACAACAUACCCUUUGUUCAUUUUCAAACUAAUGAACAUUUUGGCUGCAAUUUGCAUGCUUUGGAAUAACGAGCAUUCAGAAUAAUGAACAUCGGCCAUAUAUACACCCGCGAUAUGCAUUGAAUGUGCCUUUGGAUUGUGCAUUUCAUAAGUGAACAUAAAACUGGUGCUUUUUAAAUUAAUGAUUCUUUAUUUUCAUCAAACAGUGGUCACCCUUUCCUCUCCAUUUCUGAAUUUCUAAUUGGACCUGUAUCCAUUUGUGUGCAAAUUACUUUCAAAAUAUAAUCUUCACCUGCCUGAUAGGAAAAUCUUCAUCAGUGAAAGGUUAUUGUAAUUGGCUAGACAUGGUUAUUUAUUUAUAUAUUUACCAAGCUACAUGUAGUUCAUUUUGUUAACAUAACAAAUUUAUAAAUUUAUGAUUUAUAUUAGCUUAUUGAUUAUUUUCUUAUUCAUUUUAUCUACGUUAAAUGAUUUUCAAUUGAUGUAUUUAUUUGAUGCAUCAUUUGUUCAUUUGUAUUUUCUGGUAUGAGUUAUUGCAAUCUUUUUUUUAUUUGUGUUUUGUAAACAGAUGGUUGAUGGGGAGGGGGUGUUAUGGAAAACCUGGUUUGCAUUCCAUAUAUCUUAAAACUUAUCUACCUGUACCAUUCUAUGAUAGUGCAUAAACAUUUGCUCUGGUGACCAUUGCUCCGCUGUAAAUUCCACGCACUAAUGGAAUGACCAACUUCAACCAUGGCAUUAACACUAUACCCUAUCGGAUCCUAAUCCUAACCCUAAAGUAAAACCCUAUUGCAACUCUAUACCCUAGACCAUGUAGACCGAAAAAUCAGUCUAUUUCAGUCAGGAUAUGCUCCGCUGAGACCUCGUCUGGCUUCGUGGUAUUCCCUCAAUAGGAGGAGGACUAAAGAAAAAUCUGAAAAUGUUGAAAAACACUCCUCCGAAGCAGCGGAAUUUUCAGUCUACCCCCUCUAGCCCUACAUCUUGGACGAAAUAAAGCUCAAAGCAAAUCUGUCACCGAAUAAACAACUACUUAUUCGUCAUUCUGACCAUAAUCUAUGAAUUGAGUGCCAAAUGUUCUUUUUUAUUUGAAACUCUGUAUUUUUGUAUAUGUGUUUCUUAUUAAGAUAAACCAGGGUGUAGAAUACAGGACAUAAUGUUUAUUGCAAAGAGGACAUCAGAUGACGGUUGAAAUUAUUACCUAAUUAUUUUUGUUGCCUAUUUCAAAACCUGCAUCUUUUCCUUCUCUCAAUGGCCUUCUACUUUCUCAUGAGAACUUGAUUACUGGAUAUUUACGGUAUCCAGAAAAAAGUUGAAUUCACAUGGUAUUAAAAAAUACUGUUAUUUUUAUUGAUUUACCUCAAUGCUAAUUUAGUUUUAUUGUAAUUCAUUCAAUUCUGAAUUUAAUUUUCAAAUUUAUUCAGUUGGCAACUGCAUUCAUGAUACUUGAUAAUUACUCUUAUAAUUUGAAUGUACAUGGGGGGCAUUAUAUUGGUUUACUGCACUAUUAAUGUGAAAUUAUAAUUGAUAUGUACAUUGAUUUAUUGUGUUUGUUAGCAGAAAUUCAACCUGAAAUCCUGCCCAUAUGUAUAAAUAUUAAAUGAACAUUUCCUAUACAAAU